AUGGGGACACUGCAGAGUAGAAUCGGCUUCCACACCUCCAAAUACAGGGCCGGGGGCUCCGGGGAAGAGACGGGACCCGCUCGAGCAGGGCAGCACGGCCCCACGCACGCCGACGCCGUCACUUCCGUGGCCGCUCUCAAACCAGACCUGUGCGUAUCAGGAGGAAGGGAUAAGAGCGUGGCUGUUUGCAGCUGGAGAUCCGGGGCCGCCCUGCGCCGCUUCGUCGGGCACGAGCGGGAGGUCACCAAGGUCGCUUCUGCCCUUGACUCAAACAGAGUCUUCAGCGCAUCCCGAGACAAGACGGUGAUGAUGUGGGAGCUUCACAGGACUUCGGGGCCAAGCCAGCACUUCCCAGGGCAUGAGCUGGUUGUGACCGGACUGGCUGUGAGCCCGGAUGCCUCCCGGCUGUGCACAGGCUCGCGAGACAACACCGUCUGCAAGUGGGACACAGAGACUGGAGAGUGUCUGGGCAGAGCCGCUAUCUCCAGGAAUCUGGUCACACAUCUGUGCUGGGUUCCUGGGGAGCCUUACAUCAUCCAGACAUCAGAGGAUAAAACAAUCAGGAUCUGGGACAGCCGGGAGCUGCAGGUGGCACACACGUUUCCAGCCAAGCGGCACAUUCAGACGUGCUGCGACGUGAGCCAGGACGGGCGGUACUGCCUCAGCGCCAGCAGCGGCUCCGCUGGGGAGGGCGGCGAGGCCACCCUGUGGGACCUUCGGCAGACGAGGAACCGAGUGCGUGAGUACAAAGGGCACUUCCAGACCACGACCUCCUGCGUUUUCCUUCCACGGGGCCCAGCUCUCGCCCCCAGCGUUGCCACGUCCUCAUCCGACAGCACCGUGAAGGUCUGGGACCGAGACACUGGAGCAUGCCUGGCCACGCUGCUCCUCGAGGGAUCGGGCCCACUGGCCUCGCUGGCUGCUUGCGACAGCUCCAUGCUGCUCUGUGCCAGUGUUCUAGAAGAGCAGACAGAAAUCAAACCGUGUGUUGUGAAGUACCUGUAA